AUGGGUUCUUUGCUGAUAGUUUUUAUGUUGCUAGUUGAAAAUUUUUCGUCCUCCGACAUCGACCUCGAGUUUAACAUAACAGAUGCCUCAAUCAAGCAGUUUACUCUUACAAGCGACAACACCUUAUAUUAUAAUCUUAAGCUCAACGUUAAAGCAAGAAAUUUGAAAGAAAAAAUUUUGUAUUCUGAAAUGAUCACUGCUAUUUCUUCUUAUAAAGAUAAUGAGUUUGCUGUGGUGGUUAUGGCACCCUUUGUCAUAGCUCCUAAGAAUACCAUUAUGCUUAAGCAAGUCGUGUUUGAAGGGAACAGUUUGAUCAAGCUCAAGCCGCAACAAGUUGUUGAGUAUAACAAUGAGACACAAUUGGGGUUUUAUAAUGUAAAUUUGAGAUUAGAACCAUAUGCUCAUUGUUUAGGUUUAAGAGUUCCUAUGAUUUCCAAUGGUAAACUAGAACCUACUUUUAAUGUUACCAAAUGCGCCUAA